CUUGGCUCCCCCGCCGCCUCCGCUGCUGGCGGCGGCGCGGGGCUGGCGGCGGGGUUGGUGCUGUCCUGGGAGAACAUCUCCGUGCGGGUGCCGCUGGGGCGGGGCAGGGUGCGGUAUGUACUGCAGUCCGUCAGCGGCAUCAGCGGCCCGGCGGCGGCGGCGGCGACGGCCGCGGCGGCGGUGUCGCCUUCAGCAGCAAGCGGUGGUUCUCCGUACAGUGGCGACAAGGGGUCAGCCGCGACGCAAGCAGCGGUCCGAUCGUACGGCAGCGGUGGUAGCGGCGGCGGCAUUGGGCCAGAGCCGGCGGCGGCUGGGGCAACGACGGGCUCAACAGUCGUACAUCUAGCCGGUUGGCCGGGUAUGUCCGCUGCUGGCGGCGGCGGCGGCGUCGGCAGCUCAUCUGCCGUACAGCCCUUAUCCAUGGCACCCGCUGGCAGCGGUGCCGGCGUCGGCAGCGCCGGCGUUGGCGGCAUCUUCGCGCGGCUGGGACUGACGUCACCUUCCAAGUGGCGCCGCCGCCGCAGCAGCAGCAGCGGUGGCGUCGUCGUCAGUGGCGGGGGCGGCGGCGGUGCUCAUGGUGACGCCGCGACGGCAGCGCUUGGCGGCGAGGGUGCCGGUGGUGGCGGGGGCGGGGGCGGCAGGUGCUGCCUGUUCGCCAUAUUAGGACCCAGCGGCGCAGGCAAGACCACGCUGAUGGACGUGCUGGCAGGGCGGCGACACGGUACGGCAGGCGGCGUGAGCGGCGAGAUCCGGAUCAACGGGCACCGGGUGGGGGCGGCGCAGCUGCGGAAGGUAUGCGGCUACGUGCCCCAGGAGAUUGUGCUGCCCGGCACCUCCACCGUCUCCGAGUACCUCACCUUCCACGCGGCGCUGCGGCUGCCGGCGGCGCUGGCGGCGCGGGGCUGCGGGCGGGGCUCGCCCGCUGCUGCCCGCGUGGCGGCGGUGGUGGGGGAGCUGGGGCUGGGGCGGGUGGCGCACCGGCUGAUUGGGGACGAGUUCGUGCGGGGGCUGUCAGGCGGUGAGAAGCGGCGCGUGUCCAUCGCCGUUGAGCUGCUCACGCGGCCGGGUCUGCUGCUGCUGGACGAGCCCACCACGGGGCUGGACUCCAGCAACGCGGCGAGGGUGGUGGAGCUGCUGGCGGGGCUGGCGGCGGGGGGAGUCAACACGGCGCUCAGCAUACACCAGCCGAGACCCGAUGUGCUGAGGAGCAUGGACCGGCUGAUGCUGCUGAGCGGGGACGGGAGGGUGGUGUACACCGGACCCACGGGUCGCAUGCACGAGCACUUCAGCUCGCUGGGCUACCAGCUACCUCGGGACUCGGCGGCGGUGGCGGAUGCCGUGCUGGACCUGGUGAUCCGCGCGCCCCCCUCCGAGGCGGCCGCGCUGGUGGCGGGCUGGCGGGGCGGGCGGGUGGCGGCGGAGGACGCGGAGUGGAUGGCGCGGGUGCAGCUGGGGGACGCGCUGCUGCACACGCAGCGGGCGCAGGCCCUGGCGGCGCUGCGCAAGUACGAGAGCUCCUUCCGCCACCAGGUUGCCGUACUCAGCCGCCGCCGCGCCAGUGGGCUGGUACGGCACCCCAUGCUGGUGGCGCUGCACUUCCUGGCCACGGGUCUCAUGGCGCUGGGGGUGGGGGCCAUCUACUGGCACACGGGGCGGGACACGGGCGGCAUUCAGGACCGCUUCGGCUCGCUGUUCUUCCAGCUGCUGUUCCUGGCGCUGCUGUCGCUCUCCUCGCUGCCCGUGUGGCGGGACGAGGCGCUGCUGUUCAUGCGGGAGCGGGCUAGCGGGGUGUACGGCACGGCCGCCUACUUCACCUCCGUGGUGUUGUGGGACCUGCUGCCGCUGCGGGUGCUGCCGCCCGCGCUGUUCAGCGUCAUCAGCUACGGCAUGAUCGGACUGAGGGCCACACCGGCAGCUGUGUUGUGCCACUGGGCGGUGCUGGUGGCCGCUAACAUCACCGCGGCGGCCGCCAACAUGUCGGUGGGGGCGGCGGUGGGCUCCGUGUCGCUGGCGAACAUGGUGGGCAGCUUGUGCGUGCUGGCCUCAUCGCUGUUCGGCGGCUUCCUGCUCAGUCGCAGCCGCAUGCCCCGGCUGGUGGCCUGGCUGGCGGACCUGUCGUACGUGCGCUACGCGUUCGAGGCGCUGCUGAUCGGCGAGUUCGGGGGCGCCACCGGCUUCCGCUUCACCGGCUUCCACCAGCCGGGCACCCCGCCGGACCAGGUGCCGUACGUGGACGUCACGGGAGACGAGGUGCUGCAGACGUUUGGAUUCCGUACGGACGCCUGGCUGGCUGACGUGGCUGGCCUGCUGCUGCUGAUGUGCUUCUUCCUGGCCUCCACCUUCCUGCUGCUGAGGUACCGGGGCAGGCCGUGAAGAGAGGCGCGGCGGGGGGGAAGGGCGGCUGGGAAAGCAGCGGCGGAAGCCACGAACAAGCUACAAGCGAGAAGCCGAGUGGAGUUGUCGUUGGUAUGGUCGCUGGAAUAGACGGGGUUUGGGGGCAUCUUCAUGUUGCUGAGCUACUGAGCCGUGCAGAGCAGCGGGUCGGCGCGAAGGGAGGAGAGGGCAGGGCUACCAACGGGGCAAGUGUGCGGUCAAUGGAAGGCCUUCAGUGUUGAGCGCAGACCCAUUGGGAUGGGGGCACUACAGGGCUAGAAUAGGCGAGGAUAGCCCUAGGCAUGUUGCGGGUUGCCAGACUGUUGGGAGGUUUUACGUGGCGUCGUAGCCGUGCUUCAGUUAGCACGAAGGACAGUAUGACGGGGCGCGUCGGCUGGCUGGCGUGCGAGUAGGCGAGAUGCAAGUGGAGUAGGCCCUAACCUGGUUGAUGCGGUCAAGGUGUCAUGCACGAGUGAUACUGCAAUUGGCAAAAUGCUCUAGUGGAUGGUUGCCUUUUGGCAUGUUACGCCAAAGCUGCUGCCCGGGAUGACCAAGGCAGUCCAUACUGCUUCGUAACGGCCGGAGUACUCAUAAAGGACCACAUCUCCCCGGGAAGGUGCACCUUGACUGCUAUAAGUAAAGGCCGAUUGGAGAGAAAUAUAUGAAAAGAAGAAAACG